AAUACUGACAGACCAACCUAUCAAUGACAAUGAAAAUCAAAUUGAGACGGAAAAUUGCUCUGCCAUCCUUGGAGAAGAUAUUACCGAUGAUGACAGUGUGGAACAAGACAUGACGAGUGACUCAGAAAACGAACAUAUUGAAAAUCAUCUGACUGAACAAAUACCUUUGAAGUCAGAAGGGACACAAUUUGGAAGUGAAAUUGGGACACAUCCACAGGAAGUCCCAAUGAUGACUGAAGUAUAUCAAGGAAAUGACAUGAUGCCAUGCAGAUGGAGAGUCAAAGACCUUGAACAAGAAUUGGAAAGAACAAUUGAUUAUUUUCAAUUUCAGAUUAUUUAUUUGAAGAAAAAUGCAAAUGACAAUUGGUGGGCAGCUCGGUUUGCCGAGAGAGAACUCCAUGACUUAAAGAAAGAAUAUGUUUGUAAAAGGAAAAGGUGCCUGAUGGUCGAGGAAAACUGCCAGCUAGAUCAAAGGGCUGAUGUGUCACUUGUUGAUGAAGAUUGGGACUAUAAAGCAACAGAAAUCUUGAUCUAUAGAAACAGAAUCAAUGAUCUUGAAAUAGAACUUCAAAGAACAUUUCAUUAUUACCAGGAAGAGAUUGUUUCUGUUCAGAAAGAAACCCACCAUAAUUGGUUGGCAGCUUGCAUUGCUGAAAGAAGCCUGAAUGACUUGAAGCAAGAAAAUAAAAGGAAAAUGUAA